CGUUAUUAUCAGGGGUGGAUCUGUAUUCUGUAACGGGGAACAUGUAAAAUAACAUAUAAAUGAUACACAGCGUGCCAGUUACAUCUAAUCACUUUCAAUCGCCAAUUGAUAUGCGAAAGUAAAAAGUAGCAGUUAAAGUAGCAAUCACUGCUAUUUUCACUGUGAUUUAUAUUAUCACAGUAGCAAAUUCACAGUGUGAUAAAUAUUUUUCACAGUUUAACAUCACUAGUCGGGUGUAACAUAAUGUCAUAACGACCGUCUAACGUCGUACGCGUUCAAGGUUUAUAGAUUAUCCUUGGUACGCGUUAGCAAAAAUUAUCGGCCGCUCGGCGACAACCUCCGACGGGACACGACAACGCGAGCGUGGCAACGCCGCACGAAAUCGAGGCGCUCGGCACCUAACCACAAAUUUCCGUCACCGUGUAAACGUUGUUUCGCCAUUCGUCGUCCUGGCCGUGGUGGUUGAGUGUAAACGUGGUGGAAAAUAUUAUCGGACAGCGAAACUCUGGUACGACUAGUAUCGCGAAGCGACGGCAUAAUAUUGCUGAACCGAUCGAGGAAGCGACGACGUCUGGUCUGGAAACCAUCCGGCCUUCGCGAUAUCCGCGUCUGAAGCUUCAGUACUGCCCGAAAUUUGUUCGUCCCGGACACGGGUGGACAGUAGUUGUAGUGUAGUGUAGCAAUCGUUCCGUUUCUCCCGACAUGCCCGUCGAUACGACUAGCGAAACGACGGAACAGCAGGUUUCCACUGUGGAGGAGAACUCGCUGAAACAGUCGAAACCCGACCUGCCUGAUAUUGAACUUAAUGAUGAUGAUCCUAAUGAACCAACACCUUCUACAUCAAAAAAUGUGUUAACAGAUGGUUUAAAGCGACCUUUGCCAGAUGGAGUAGACGAUGAUAAAGAAAAAAAAAUUAGACUGACUGAAGUCAGUGAAGACAAACUGGAAGUUACUAACAAAGAUGAUAAUAAAGAAAGUGAUAUUGAACUGUUGUUACAAAAAGUUUCGGAGUCUCUAGAAAAUACAAUUGAUGAUGAAUCUAAUGUUUCCAAUAAGAUACCUUUGCCAGAUGGAGUAGACGGUGAUAAAGAAAAAAAAAUUAGACUGACUGAAGUAAGUGAAGACAAACUGGAAGUUACUAACAAAGAUGAUAAUAAAGAAAGUGAUAUUGAACUGUUGUUACAAAAAGUUUCGGAGUCUCUAGAAAAUACAAUUGAUGAUGAAUCUAAUGUUUCCAAUAAGGUACCUUUGCCAGAUGGAGUAGACGGUGAUAAAGAAAAGAAAAUUAGACUGACUGAAGUAAGUGAAGACAAACUGGAAGUUACUAACAAAGAUGAUAAUAAAGAAAGUCAUAUUGAACUGUUGUUACAAAAUGUUUCGGAGUCUCUAGAAAAUACAAUUGAUGAUGAAUCUAAUGUUUCCAAUAAGACACAUGAUAAUCUUAAGAAUGAAAAAAAUCCAUCCUUUAAUUUGAUUAACCAUAAUGGUAACAAUGGAAUUGAUGAUAAAGAUUGUAAGGAGGAUUAUCUGGAUAAAAAUACAUUAAGUAAAGAUAUCAGUAAGGGUAAAAAAAAAUAUAAUCCAAGUGCAAAUGAUGUUGAGAAAAAUCUUAAUGAUAGUAGUGAAUUUAUUGAAAACAGUAAGGAUAUUGUAAAAAAUGGUAAUAAUAUAUUAACCUCGAUAUUAACUAAGGAUAUACUUACUAGCAAUGUUAUUUCAUGUUUAAAUAAAUCAUCGUCAUCAGACAAUUUAGCUAUCACUGAAAAUUCAGAUCCUGAAAGUGUUGCUGUUGUUAAUGAUACUCAGGUAACAGAAAAUAUAUCUACAGCAGUUAAUGAUUCAACUGUAAGAGAAAGUAAUUCAAACCUUUCAAAUACCAACAUAUAUACAAUUGAAAACAUUGUAAAUAGCAAAAAAGAUGAUGCAAACCCUUUGCUAGAAUUAAAAAAUAAAAUACAUUUGACAAAAAUACUGAUGAAACUAAAUCUAUAGAA